AGCUAAUCCUUGCUGUAAUUUUCUUUUCCGGAAUGUUCCUUGCUAAUCCAAGUAUCAGACGUCUGGGGCAUUUAUGAUCAUGAGUGCUUACAGAAUGGCAUUUCCUGGUUUGCGCUCCGUCGCAACAAGGCGCGCGGUCAUCUCCGUGCGAAGGAGCUUCUCUACCUCGCCAUCCGUGAGAGAUGCUGCAGGCUCCACGUUGCCCGCUAAAAAACCUGUUGGGGCUUUUCGCGGAGGAAUAUUUGGCUUCCUUACUGGGACUAUUGUUGCCGGUGCUUCCGUCUACUAUUACAUCCUUGGGGAGUACAGAGUGACCAACGAGAUGUUGACAGAGGACAUAUACGCGCUCCAAACAGCAACACAGAAACUUCAGACAUACAUCGGUGAACUGGAGACGAAAGUGGACCAACUGAGGAAGAAAUAGUCCUCACAGAAUAACGCCAUAACCAGUUCCCAACAUAUCUUUCAUCAGGAGUUUGUUUCCGCAUGGUUUUCCAAACAUACUAUUCAAUUUUCAGAUGCAGUUUAUGCCCGGCAUUGAGUGAGCUUUAAUAGGAGAACGUGAUUUGUUCAUGCGCUGCAUCGAUUGCUACAUAAAAAGACGUAUUAUUUAUGAUAUUAACUGGACUUAUGAUUUCUUGCCUUAUAACCGACUGUAG